GACACACACGGAGGGUCUCCGUCACAUAAACUCGGUUGGCCAGGACAGAUCUGGUUCAGACUGGACUGGGCUUCAGUGGCAGAAGACUGGAUCCAGAAUGUGCAGACAGCUUUUUUCUUUGCCAUUAAAGACCUGAAUUAAAUUUCUACUACUUUCAUAGUGGACUGUAUCUUUUGUUGGAAUUUCCAAUCCCAAGCAUCUUCAUUUUGGGGUCUACACCAGAUCAUAAGCAAAUCAAGAACCGGUCUGUCUGCAUUUCUGUCAUUUCUGUGCUUAUCACACUUUGGCCAUGAGCUGUUUUGGGUAUCGUCGAGAGCUGAGUAAGUAUGAAGACCUUGAUGAAGAUGAGCUUUUGGCUUCUCUCAGCGCCGAGGAGCUGGCUGAGUUGGAAAAGGAGCUGUCGGACAUCGAUCCUGAUGCCAAUGUGCCCAUAGGACUCAGACAGCGAGACCAGACAGAUAAGACCCCGACAGGCACCUUCAGCAGAGAGGCCCUCAUGAAGUACUGGGAGAACGAGACACGUAGACUGCUGGAGGAUGAGUUAGGUGGAGCAAGCCCAAAACUGGAUGAAGAACAGGAGGAGGACUGUGUGACAGCAGAAACCAGUGAAGGAGAAGAGGACAAAGAUGAUGAAAAUGAGAAGGAGCAAAAAAAGAAUGAAAAACAAAGUGAGGAAGAAGAGGAAGCCGAGAACAGUGAUGAAGAAGAGGAAGAAGAGACGGAGAGUGAAGAAGAACCUGUAACUGAAGAGGAGGAAGAAGACGAGGAGGAGGAAGAAGAACAAAAUAAUAAAUCAAAACCUGAACCGUCAAAAAAUUCAGGGCAGGUGACGUCGUGGGCCGAGAACCUAACCCUACUCAAGCCCCAGAGGGUGGAGCCUAUUAGGCGGACUCCUCCUCCUCCUCCUCCACCACCUGCUGACCCGAACACCACUGGAAACCCAACUGUCGUCGAUGAUGCUCUGCAGCGAGUGCUUAGAAAUGACUCUGAACUCACUGAGGUUAAUCUCAAUAAUAUAGAUGACAUCUCACAGGAAACUCUCAUCCGAUUUGCUGAAGCAUUGAGGUCAAACACACACGUGAGAACCUUCAGCCUCGCAAACACCCGAGCUGACGACCCCGUGGCUCUGGCCAUUGCUAAGAUGCUAAAGGAGAACUCCUCCAUCAUCAGCCUGAAUAUAGAGUCCAACUAUGUGUCUGGAAAAGGCGUGAUGGCUCUGGUUCAAGCACUACCAGGAAACAACACCUUGACAGAGCUCAGGUUUCAUAACCAGAGGCACAUGUGUGGAGGACAGGUGGAAAUGGAGAUGGUGAAAAUUCUGAGGGAAAACUACACCUUGAUCAAACUGGGUUACCAGUUCAACCUACCUGGGCCAAGAAUGAGCAUGACAGGGAUCCUCACCAGGAACCAAGACCGCCAGAGGCAGAAACGGCUACAGGAGCAGAGGCAGCAGCAGCAGAACCAGCAGGGGGCACAAGAAGGAGCUGUUAACCCCAGAACCACUGCGCUGCAGAGAGGAACACCAAGUUCAUCACCUUACAGCUCACCCAGGGCCUCUCCCUGGUCCUCACCCAAGCUGCCCCGAAACGACCUGGCUAAAAAACAGACACCCCCUGCGCCACCUCCACCCCCACCUCCACCCCCACCUCCUCCGCCACCUCCUCCUCCACCUCCUCUCCCGCAGCAGGAGAAGAAGAAGCCCACGAGGAUGAUUGCAGAGGUCAUCAAGGCGCAUGAAGCGGGCAAGAAAAAGACGGUGAAAACAAAAGGGAAGAAGGGGAAGAAGGGGAAGGUGUCGGGCAAUGAUGAGACAAACAGCAUCCUUAAGGAGCUCAAAAAUGCCCUUAGGCCUGUGUCGGUAGAGAGGAGAGGGGAGGAGGGCAGCAGGCCAUCAACGCCAAUGAGGUCAGCCCAUGAUCAGCUGAUGGAGUCCAUCCGCAGUAGCAGCAUACGCAAUCUGAAACGGGUGGAAGUCCCUCGUCAUCUACGAUAAAA